UUUAUAAUUUUCGAACAGGAUUCCAUCGCGGUUACCAUGGAGACCAUCAGUCAAACGUGCAUCUCUGAGCUCGGUGAAGAGGAGACGGCCAUCAUCACCAGCAGGACUCAACUAAACUUAAACUUCAUCAACACACAAAAAACGAGUUGACUCACAGAUGGAGGGAUGUCUGGUUGACGUGGAGAUAACCAGCAGCAGCACAAUGAGCUCAUCAGCAGAGGUAAAGAAACAGACGGCCACAAAUCCAGCCGGACCUCACGGUGAGGCUGAGGAGAGUUUUUUAGGAAGACAAGUGGAUUCACAACAUCAGAGUGCUGAGACUGUGGAGAAACCAUACCGCUGUGACUGGUCUUUCUCAGAGAAUCUGAAGUAUCAUCAGCGUAUCCACGCUGGAGAGGAGCCCUACACCUGCGACCAGUGUGGAAAGACUUUCACACAAGCUGGAAAUCUAAAGACUCAUCAGCGUAUCCACGCUGGAGAGAAGCCCUACACCUGCGACCAGUGUGGGAAGACUUUCACACAAGCUGGAAAUCUAAAGAUUCAUCAGCGUAUCCACGCUGGAGAGAAGCCCUACACCUGCGACCAGUGUGGGAAGAGUUUCAGACAUCAUAACUCUUUAAAGGCUCAUCAGCGGACUCACUCUGGAGAGGAGCCCUACACCUGCGACCAGUGUGGGAAGAGUUUCAGACGUGCUGGAAAUCUAAAGACUCAUCUGCGUAUCCACACUGGAGAGAAGCCGUACACCUGCGACCAGUGUGGGAAGACUUACAGACAUCGUAACUCUUUAAAGACUCAUCAGCGGACUCACUCUGGAGAGGAGCCCUACACCUGCGACCAGUGUGGGAAGAGUUUCAGACAUGCUGAAACUCUAAAGACUCAUCUGCGUAUCCACACUGGAAAGAAGCCGUACACCUGCGACCAGUGUGGGAAGAGUUUCAGACAUCGUAACUCUUUAAAGAUUCAUCAGCGGACUCACUCUGGAGAGGAGCCCUACACCUGCGACCAGUGUGGGAAGAGUUUCACACAAGCUGGAAAUCUAAAGACUCAUCAGCGGACUCACACUGGAGAGAAGCCCUGCGUACACCUGUGA